AUGGACAAACGGACGACGGAGAGUCCAAUGGACUUUGAAUGGCAGUCUAAAGCCCCCGGAGACGUGACAUCGCCGUUCUACCAGCUCAGCAUGCAGCACGAUAAUCAAAAGAAGAGGCCUCAUAGCAUAUUUGAUUCUCCCACGAAAAGGUCGAUGCCUUCGCUACGAGAGCCAAAUUCACAGCCCUUCCUCUUCUCCCAACCGACGUCACAGCAACUUCCUUCCACGCCGAAAGCCGUCUUUGGCAAGCCCUCCUUCACCACUCCUCGCAAAUUCGAUCUGGAUUUCUCCUCAGGCGCAGAGAUGUCGUCACCAGAAAAUGCAGACAAUGAUGAGACUCCGGAGAAGCCUGCGAAGUCGGAUAAGCGCAACUCGUUGUUUGGAUUGUAUGGCCGGUUUGCGCCCAGCCCAGGGCGAGGAGAGAUCCCGCGUCUGAACCACUACUCGAAUGCGCUCGCGAGACGUGUACAGAAGAGGCGACGGAGAGAUAGAGACCUUGAUAGACGGCUUAGGAUGGAAGUUGAGGAUGAUGACAGCGACAGGCCGAGCAGUAGUGAGGGGAAAACCGUGAAGGGGCAAAAACAACCCUCUCGACUCUCCUCCUUUGGCGACUUUUUCGCCCUGCUUGAGGCGCACCCCAAUGUGCCAAGUAUCCUUUCAUGGUGGGCACAACUAGUCGUCAACCUGUCUCUUUUCUCCCUGGCAGUCUACGUUGUGUUCGCUUUCGUGUCUGCCAUUCGCGCCGAAUUCGAUCAAGCUGCGGAGGAAGUGUCAGAUGGCAUCCUAGCAGAGAUGGCAACGUGCGCCAAGAACUACGUUGAUAACAAAUGCGCCGGAGGUGAUCGAUUACCAGCUCUCGAGACUGUGUGUGAUAACUGGGAGCGAUGCAUGAACCGAGACCCAGCCAAGGUGGGACGAGCGAAGGUGUCAGCCCAUACCAUGGCCAUCAUCAUCAACAGUUUCAUCGAUCCCAUCAGCUGGAAGGCUAUACUCUGUUUCUUAGCGACCAUCUCGACCGUUACCGUCGUCAGCAACUGGUCCUUUAGGUCAUUUAGAAACCGCCUCAACCAGCAGGAUUACGCCCAAGCCCAUCCCACUCUACAUGGACAACCCGCCGGUCAACACGCUCACCCAGCGCAUCCGCAACAGCUUCAAUAUCCGGGCACUCCCGGGUUUGGCUACUUCGGUCAGCCCGGUCAGGCUCAAGUCCCAGUGCAAAGCAGCCCGAUUCGCCCGCAGCAGAGUCUGGAGGAGAAUGAGGAGCAGCCUCUACUGCUCGAGGAUUCGCGUCCAUCAAAAUUCGUGACGGAAAGGAGCCGCUCGAGAGAGAAUCACUUGCGCACCCCCAGUCCCGUAAAGAGAGGCAGGGCCUUUGUCUAG